AUGAAAAUCUUAGCAUUCCUACUGUUUGUGUCCGUGGCUUUGGGAAGAACAAGCAGACGGCACAAACACCAUCAGUACGAACACCAGUAUGAACCUGAUUUCUUCGGAUCAGAAACAAAUCAUUUUGAGAAUAUUGAACAAGCUGCCGAGGGGAAUAAAGGUUCUGAUGGAGGAGCCGGUGGUGGAAGCGGUGGUCAAGCUAAAGGAGAUAGUGGAGGAGGUGGUAAUGGAGGAGGAGGUGGUGGAGGUUCUGGGAAUGGUAAGGAAGGUUUCAGCGUAGGAAGUGGUCUUAGGAGCAUUGCCCAAGGAUCAGCAGAUCAAGCAGCUAAUGCUGUACAAAAUCAGAAAGCUGCUGCUGAUCAAGCUGCUUAUGUUGCGAAAAAUACUUUAGCACAAGCUGCUGCAGCAGCGUCUGCAACAGCCCAAGCUGCUCUAGCAGGUAAACAAGUAAUCCUGCAAGGAAUAGAACAACAAGUCCAAGAAGCAAAAACCGCCCUCGACGGAGAAAACAUGCAACUAAUGCAAGCGCAGCGCAGCGCAAUGGCCGCGCAGCAGGCAGCCCAACAAGCAGCGCAGCAAGUGAACGUCAUUCAAGCUGCUCUCAACGCCGCAAUGGCGACGUCCGAAAACGCUCAAACAUCCGCAUCGGAAGCUGCGGGAGAAUUAGCAGCGCAACAGUCGAUGGUAGGCGCUGCCCAACAACGCUUACAAACUCUAAUGGAGCAAUUACACGGUAUCCGCAUAGACUUCGAGGCUACUCAAGCUGCCGCAAUGAAGGCAAUGCAGGCAGCCCAACAAGCACAAGCCAACGCUGCGGCAGCCGCAGCCGCAGCAGCCAAAGGUCUGGAAGCAAAUAACAAUACAGGAGGCGAUAAAAAACAAGCCUUAACUGAUGCCACCUCACACGACUACAACUAUUACUAUAACUAACAUGUGAUUCAUAAUUUUUUGUUACUGUUACUACUGUUUACCAUUAUGAUUUGUAAUAAAAUAUUAGUUGACAACGUCGGCGAUUUCUAAUUGCAUUUGUAUGCAAAUGCAAGAUCCCGUUAUUUCACCAAGAGUAA